AUGUUAGAUCCCCAUAACUUUCACAUGUUUUUUUGCAUUUUCUCCAAUGGAUUCCUGUUAAUAAGCUUGAACAGUGCGCUAUGUAAUGUGUUUGACUUUGGGAGUGAUAAGUGUUUGACGAGGUUUACUAAAACUGUCAAAGUUGGUGACACAUUUGUUAACACUUAUCACCCUAAAAAUGUUAAAUCUAUUGUUAUGUCAGAAACUGAGUCGAUUAAAUUUACAAACUCACAGAAACUUACACUUUUGAUGUUAGUUUUGAAGGAUAAUGAGGUGAAGCAGGCUCAAAUUACAUAUUCCGACUCAACUAAAAACCAUGAAUUAUUUGACUGGUUUUAUGUUCGUCAGGAUGGCAAAUGGCAGUCCGUGAGUUCACCUGUUUUUGACUCAAAUUUCUUCCAGUUAGCCCAAAACAUUAAGAAAUUUGACCUACUCAAACUUGGUGAAGAGUGGUACAAGUGUAUUGACGGAGUUUCUGAUAAGUUGUGCCAAAUUGAGGACAAUUACCUCGUCGAAAGUAUUGUAAUUGGUAACUCAGUUUUGUGGUCCAAUAAAGAUAAAUUGGAGGUCCUCGCAGUAGGGAUCACACUCAAAACUGACCAAAACACCAAUAAAUUAACAUGUAAAAUAUACUUCAACACACAGAAAUCAAGUCAAAUCAUUGAAAUUGAACAAAAAAUCAAUACUUCUCAAGCAACUGUUAUUAAUUCUAAGUUUUCCAAGUUAUCAACUGUAUCACCUAAACCACAAACUGAAAAACAAUUUCAGGCACAAGAGGCCGCUAAAUUAUUAUCUAAAUUGAUAACUAUAACAUUGGACUGUGAUGAGGCGUCUGUUGAGCCCAGCUAUACAGUAAAUGGGUUUGUAAGCUUGGGUUUGAAUGGAAUAAAGUAUGAGCCACGGCCUGGUGUUAAGGUCCUCUGUCUCAGGGAUGGAGAUGUAAGAAUUUGGGAGUCAUAUGGUGAUGAUAAGACUUUUCAGUCGGCCACUUUUUACUACUUUAACAACAGUAACAUUUUCCUCCAGGUUAACUAUACUCUAAAGAGUAAAAAUUGCUUUUGUAGUAAGACUUCAGAUGAGGUAAAACAUUAUAUGAAAGAUCAAACAUGGAUAACAUUGAGUCAUGAAGAGUUUUUUAAACAAAUAAGAGAGUUACAAGACAUUGCAACCCAAAAUACUGCUUUAAGGGCUGGAACUAAAAGUGUUUGUUUUGCAGCUAAAGUUCUCUCACAAGUACCUGUAGGAGAAAAAGAGUCUGAAAACAGACUCCGUAACAUUACCCUAGUCUUUGAAACCCAAGAAAACAGCGACUACAAUCGAAGCGGUUACUUGAUGGAUGGUUUGGAAACUUCAUUUUAUGAACCCAAACCGAACUGUGUUGUCAAAGAGCUUAUGGAUAAGAGUGCUAAAAUCUGGGACGAUGAAAAGGGUAAAAAAUUGUUUAAACAUGCUAAAUUCAGCUACAAGGGCCAGAGUCACAUUUACUUACAGGUGUUAUACUCUGAAAUCAAGGAACCAGGACCAAAACCUCAGAAUAAAAUCGAUUAUUUUAUAAAAAGAGAUAAAUGGUAUACUUCUCCUGAGGCUGAUUUUUACUCUGAACUUGAAGCUCUUAUUGACAAAGUAACAAUGAGAAAUGUUAUUGUUCACGAGAAAAUGUCAUUUGAAGAGCAUAAACAGCAGCUUAAAUUUGGUAAACAACAUAUAAAAGAGCAGAAUUGGAUUUCUAGACUUUUUAACCGCAAACCUGAAGUUGAAUUUGUGAUUACAAAUGAUUGUGAGCCUAUAGAAUGUGACAUACAAAACGUCGAUAAGGAAAAGUUUAUUAUAGAAGUGAACAAGAAGGAGGGGUUUGGUAUAUAUACACCUAAAACAGGGUAUGCACUGACUAGGUUAUUUGAUGAAAAAAGGUUAAUCUGGUACCAGGAAAAGGAUGGACUUGGAUGUACAACAUUUUAUAUUGAUUUGAGCGGCGAUAAGCCACUUUUACACCUUAUGCUAGAUGAUCCUUUGGACUCUCACAAAUACUACAAGAAACAAGAUAACAAUUGGCACAUCAUAGACGAACAAGAGUACGAGGAUAUAAGGAAGCCACCAGAGGGAAGGGCUAAAAAAUCAGAUUUUAUACGUAUUUCGUAA